AAUUUUCUUGCAUCAUAUAAUGUUUAUUGUUGUUUUUGGUUAUGAAAUUAAUCAUUAAUUUAACUAAUAUUUUUCUGUUAAUUCAUUUUGAGUUUGGUUUCAUUUUUUUCAGGAGAGGAGAGUGAUAUUAAUAGAGAGUUCUAUGGGGGUUUUGGAUUUGUUUGUUGCUUCAGUGAUACCAGUUGUAAAAGUUCUUCUGAUCACAGCUCUUGGCUCAUUUCUAGCCAUUGAUUUUGUAGAUAUAUUGGGACUGGAUGCACGAAAACAUUUGAACAAUGUUGUGUUUUUUGUGUUCAAUCCAGCACUUGUUGGUAGUAACAUUGCUAAAUAUAUUACACUCCGAAGCAUGGCCGUUUUGUGGUUCAUGCCGCUCAAUAUUUUGAUAACAUUUAUAAUCGGCUCAAUUCUGGGUUGGUUACUUAUAAGAAGCAGCAGAGCUCCUCAUGAGCUGUGGGGUCUUGUGUUGGGAUGCUGCUCUGCAGGAAAUUUGGGGAACUUGCCAAUGAUAAUAAUCCCUGCUGUAUGUAAAGAAAAAGGGAGUCCAUUUGGUGAUGUUGAUAUUUGCUAUACACAUGGACUUGCAUACGCUUCACUCUCUAUGGCGAUUGGAUCUAUCUACAUGUGGUCUUAUGUUUACAACAUUGUGCGUUUCUACUCUACCAACGGCUCAUCUGCUGGGGCCAAACUGCUUCCUUUGAAUGAUAUGGAUCAGUUUGAAGUAGAUUCUACACUGCCUCAGAUAUCGGUUAUGGACAGGAUAAAGCAGGGUUUCAGAAUGGUUACAAAGUUCAACAUAAGGACUUUAUUUGCACCUUCAACUGCUGGAGCGGUGGUUGGAUUUAGUAUUGGUACGAUCCCGCAGUUACGGAAGGCUCUAAUUGGUGAGAAUGCUCCUCUUCACGUGCUUCCAGAUUGUGCAUCUUUGGUUGGAGAUGCUGCAAUCCCAGCAAUCACUUUGGUUGUAGGGGCCAAUCUCCUUAAAGGUCUGAAAGGGUCUGCGGUGCAGCCUCAGAUUAUUAUGGGGAUCGUUGUGGUUAGGUACAUUAUACUGCCGAUUUGCGGGGUAGUAAUCGUUAAAUCUGCAGUGCAGUUGGGGUGGGUGGGGUCUGAUCCGCUCUAUCAAUUUAUUCUUCUGCUUCAGUUUGCUCUUCCUCCAGCAAUGAACAUAGGUAUGAUGACACAGUUAUUUGGAGCAGGUGAGACUGAAUGCUCUGUGAUUCUGCUAUGGAGUUAUGCUGUAGCUACUCUUUCAUUAACACUCUGGUCAACCUUCUUCAUGUGGCUCGUCGGAUAGCCAACUUCGGUAAUGAUACACGCCACUCAGGGUCAACCCUCUUCAUGUGGCUCGUCGGAUAGCCAACUUCACUAAUGAUACACACUACUCGGUUUUCUCAAAAUAUUCGGAGUUCGAGAUCCAAAAUUAUGGAUGAGGAUUUUGCAGGUCAGAAAUUCGGGAUGUGUGAUUGUGAUUCGGGGUUCGAAGGUCGGAAAUUCAAAUCUAUGAUUGGGGUUUAGGGUUCGAAGGUCGGAAAUUCAGAAUCCGAGGUUGGAGUUUGAAUUAGGAUUUAGAGGUUGGAGUUUGAAUUAGGGUUAGAGGAUGUACAUUUAGUUCAAACAAAACAAAAUACACUAUUUUUUAUUCUUCGACAAAUCAAACCAACAAAAACUAUAAAAAAACAAAAAGAGAAGUCAAAUUAAAUCAAAUCGAACCGAUUGAUUGAUUGAUUGAAUGAA